GAUCGAAGCUUAUCAUCCCAACAAGCUCUUGUUGACCAUCCCAACGCCAAACCACCACCACCAACCAACCAACCAACCAACACCAACCAACACCAACCAACCAAGCAAACCUACCAAACAAAACCAGAAGCAAACUUGUCAAGAUGGGUGAUGCUACCUCCUACGACUUCUUAUUCAAAGUCGUCCUCAUCGGUGACUCGGGCGUCGGAAAAUCUAACCUACUCUCGCGAUUUACUAGGAAUGAAUUCAACAUGGAUUCCAAGUCUACGAUCGGUGUCGAGUUUGCAACCCGCAGUAUCUCGGUCGAUGGCAAGACGAUCAAAGCGCAAAUCUGGGAUACUGCUGGUCAAGAGCGAUACAGGGCGAUCACAUCGGCCUACUACCGAGGCGCAGUAGGCGCCUUACUAGUCUACGACAUCUCCAAACACCCCACCUACGUCAACGUCCAACGAUGGUUGAAAGAACUCCGAGAUCAUGCCGAUAGUAACAUCGUGAUCAUGCUUGUCGGUAACAAGAGCGAUUUGAGACAUCUUAGGGCGGUCCCGACCGAGGAGGCUCAAGCAUUCGCCACUGAAAACAACUUGAGCUUUAUCGAAACUUCGGCUAUGGAUGCUAGUAAUGUCGAAACCGCGUUCCAAAAUAUCCUCACUGACAUCUACCGGAUUGUAUCCAGUAAGGCCCUAGAAUCAUCAGCCGAUGCAGUAGGACCCACAUCGGGUUCCACAAUCACUGUCACUCCUACUUCCGAUGACGCCUCAAAAGCAUCCGGUGGCGGCAAGUGCUGCUGAUUCGUCCCAUUCUUUUCUCUCCCACCGCCAAUCUGAUUAUUCCCCUCAACCCUCUCGAAUUGUUUUUCUCUCUCUCUCCUCUCUUCUCACCUCAUUAUGUUCUUCUUUUUUUUCCAAAAACAAACACAAAAAGAAAAACCAACAACCAAAAACAGCAAUAUGAAAGUUCCUGUUAAAAUAGUCGAAAAACAGUUUAUGUUGUGUUGUGGUGUGGGUGAUUUUGGAUUUUUCCUUUUUUUUUCAAGUGAUCAUCAGACAGAGAAAAAGAUUAUUUUCUCUGGGGUGAUCUUUUUUUUUAGUUUUAGUUACAGUAGUUUACAUACAAAUUCAUACACAUUUUGAUUUCAACUCUGAUCAACCCACUUAAUUUGAUAUAAACAUGUUCUUCUAUAUAUAAACUUGACAAUUAAAAUAAACUCAAGAGUGAUUUUCACUUUUUUCCCCUUCUUCUUUUCCUUUUGAUAAUUCCUAAACAUUUACAUCUACAUCUACUUUUUGAUUUGUUAUUUUGAUCCAC